AAACGUUUAAAAUUACAAACUUCUAAAUUAAGAUUCUCGCAACGACAAACGUAUUCUGUCUAUUAAAGAUAAUAGUUUCGUCUAGUACUAUAUAUAAAUGUCGACUUUCGUGGAAUUGUAAAAAUAGUUUAUCUGUCAACGCGUUGACAGGUAGACGUUGAUAAUUGUUGACAGUAAUCGAACUUGGUCGUUGCAUUUCACGCAUUCUCAUCAUUGAUUGGCGUACAAAAUCAAUACUUAUGUGGCAGUUAUAAUUCAAAAUAUGCUUAAAAAUUGAAUGUUCAUAAUUUCUAUGAUCGCGAGAGUGUGUGACCUCGGCCUAAAAUCGAAUCUCGAAGCACGUGUCCGAUACACGUCACUUGUUGGUGCGUUAGGGACUAUUUCAUAACCUGUUGUUCAGAGAAACGCAAUCGCAAUAGUAUCGGGUGGAAAGAAUGUCGUGAAAGUUCUCGUACGAAAUUACAAUUGGAGUGUCAUUUGCCGCGAUUCGUUUGUAGCGUUUGGUGUGGGUGAAUCGUUCCUAUGAUAUUUUCACACUGGAAUGGCGUUAGUAAAUCAACUUCAAAGGUUCUCGAGACCAAUUCUCAAGAUCGCUUCGAAUUAUUCCAAAUAUCCUAGCAACACUACGUUGCCUUUUUUGCAGGCAGCGAGGAGUACGUCGACCACGAAACCUCUUUCAGAAAAAGAAGAAGUGAGCAUAACAUUCGUCAGAGCAAAUGGAGAGAGAAUCAAAGCAAAAGGAAAAGUUGGUGAUACCAUACUGGACAUAGUAGUGAAUAAUGAGAUCGAUCUGGAUGGAUAUGGUGCUUGCGAAGGAACAUUAACUUGUAGCACAUGUCAUUUAAUAUUUCCAAAAGAGGUAUAUGAUGCACUUCCAGAUAAACCAACGGAUGAAGAAUUAGAUAUGUUGGAUUUAGCAUAUGAAUUAACAGACACCUCACGUUUAGGUUGUCAAAUAGUAAUGACUAAAGACUUGGAUGGAAUCGAGGUAAGAGUUCCAACAACAAUCAAUGAUGCGAGAGCAUAACCAGAAUUGAACAUAGAUUUUUAGAUAUUUAUACAAGGAUGCCUGUUGCAAUUGUUGAAACAUUCGAAUUGAUAGUAUAAAAUAAAAGACUUUAUACAUACGUGUAGUGUAACUAAAGUACGUUAUACAUAGAGAUAAUUAAUCAUGUAAAGCUCAUUUGUUAUGGUUUUAUAAGUACACUGUAAAAAAUCUG